AUGUUAUCUCCGACGAAAUGUGAGUCAGAAGAGCCACUCUCUACUCCUCAAACGGAUCUCCUCAGCUCUUCUCCAAGAUCCGAACCCGAACGCGUCUCUCUUCUCCUCUGCGUUCCCAAUCCCACUGAAGCUGCUUCUCAGUCUUCUACUCCAGAGACGAUGAAUGCGAGCAAAAGAUCCACGAGGCUCAAUUCAAAUUCGCCUGGUGUUGGAGAAGGUGGAGUGAAUCCCUCCUCCCCUGAUAAGCAGCUGACUCGGAGAUCAUCGCCGAGAUUUACUCCGGUGGAUCGAGUUACCGAUAAUGUAUCCUCUGUUCCGAUCACCGGAAAGAUUGUGUCUAGUAAUAGAAAGAUUAGUAGUAGUGCUCCCGUCAAGAAAGGAAGCGUAGAUUCUGGAGGAUUGUCAUUCAAAGACAUUGCUGCGAUUGCCAAGAGCUUGGAGAUGGGGAUAGUUUCCGAGUGCGGAGAUAAGGAGGACAAUGCUGAAGUUGGUGGUAGAUCACAAGUUCCGGCUAAGAGGAAAUUUGAGAGUGUUGCUUUAUCUUCAAGUGUCAAGCGUUGUAGUCAGAGUCUCAGCAGCAUCAAUAAACGAACGAGGAGAUCUUCAAGAUUCACUAAGGGGAUGGAGGAUGAGGGGGAAGAUCUGCAAGAACAAGAGAGGCCUGUUCUAUCCAUUAGAUCUUCAAGGCUAUCUGAAACUGUUGAAAAUGGUUUGGGAUUAUGUGAUGCGAAACAGGGGAGAGGGACUGAGAAGCUGGUGCAAGUUAGGGAAAAUGGUAACUGCUGUGAGGCUGUAAAGAAGUGUCAAGGUGAUAGCCUUGUUUCAUCUAAGCAAGAGUUAUUAAAAUCUCCUUCGAGUUGCGUCAAGACAACUGUAAAUGGUAGUAGGGUGAAGUCGUUAGGAAAGCGCAGAUCUUCUGACCCUAAUGCGAGUGGUGUUCACACUAGUGAAAAUGGUACGAGUAAUGGAUUAUCUAUGACAACUACGUUAGUAGAACAAGAGUCAAGUCAGGGUAGAACUAGUGACUGCGGUGCUGCUGAUAACGGAGUAACUGGGGAGAUGCAUGCAGAUUCUACUGUGAUCUAUCUAACAGACAGCGAUGAAGAGCCGCAACCAGCCAAGCAGGUACAAGGUGCAAGUGGAUCUACCCUCUCCACAGGGGAAAAUGGGAGACAAUCACCACUGGAUCAAAAAACUCCAAUUAAAUCAACCAAGGGAAAGGGUGCGCGGGUGACCCGUACUGCUGUACGUGAAAAGCAUGUACAUGUUUCCUCCUUUUUCAUUGGUGAGCCAAUUCCUUGCGAGGAGGCUAAAGAAAGAUGGCGCUGGAGAUAUGAACUCAAGGAACGCAAAUCUAAGAGUAAAGGCCAACAGUCGGAAGAUGACGAAGACAUGAUUGUUGCAAAUGUGGAAUGCCAUUAUUCGCAAGCAAAAGUCGACAAUCAAACGUUUAGCCUUGGAGACUUUGCCUGCACAACGGGUGAAGGAAAAGAGAAACCUAUCGGCAAGAUAGUGGAGUUUUUCAAGACAACAGAUGGAGAAAGCUACUUCCGAGUUCAGUGGUUCUACAGAGCAAAGGAUACAGUAAUGCAGCAGCAGGCUACUAAUCAUGAGACAAGGCGUCUCUUCUAUUCUACUGUAAUGAAUGACAAUCCAAUAGAUUGUCUUAUUUCUAAAGUUACUGUUUCACAAGUAUCACCUAGGGCAGGAUUAAAACCCAAUUCUAUAAAAUCUGACUUCUAUUUUGAUAUGGAGUAUUGCGUGGAUUAUUCGACAUUUCAAACCAUGAGAAAUCAAACUUCCGAAAACAAGCUUGAGUGCUGCGCCGGUGUGACACCCACAGAAUCCACUGAAUCUAGUUUGGAAAAUAAAAGUUUUAGCAAAGAGCUUCUGGUGCUUGAUCUUUACAGUGGUUGUGGUGGAAUGUCCACUGGGUUGAAUCUUGGAGCCAAGAUUUCUGGAGUUGAUGUCGUGACGAAAUGGGCUAUUGACCAGAAUUUGGCUGCUUGUGAGAGCUUGAAAUUGAACCAUCCACAGACGCAGGUUAGAAAUGAUUCUGCUGGAGAUUUCCUCGAACUUUUGAAGGAGUGGGAUAAAUUAUGCAAGCGCUAUGUGUUUAACGAUGGUCAGACGACUGAUACAUUAAACCCCGAAAAUUCAACAAGAGAAACCAGUGAAAGUAGCUCUUCUACUGACGAUGAUUCAGAACCUGAGGAGUACGAAGUUGAAAAGCUGGUUGAUAUAUGUUAUGGUGAUCCAAACAAGACAGGAGAAUGUGGCCUGAAGUUUAAGGUGCACUGGAAAGGAUAUAGCAGCAACGAAGAUACUUGGGAGCCAGCAGAGGAAUUGAGCAAUUGUGAAGAUGCCAUGCGGGAGUUUGUGACAAGUGGAUUCAAGAACAAGAUCUUGCCACUUCCUGGCGGUGUUGGUGUGAUAUGUGGUGGACCUCCAUGUCAAGGAAUAAGUGGCUAUAACCGCCAUAGGAUAGUUGAUGCUCCGUUGAAUGAUGAAAGGAAUCAGCAAAUUAUAGUUUUCAUGAACAUAGUGGAGUAUCUGAAACCCAAAUUCGUGUUGAUGGAAAACGUUGUUGAUAUUCUGCGAUUGGACAAAGGUUCUCUUGGGAGAUACGCUUUGAGCCGUCUUGUGCACAUGAGAUACCAAGCAAGGCUAGGUAUCAUGACAGCUGGUUGCUAUGGUCUUUCCCAAUUCCGUUCCCGAGUUUUCAUGUGGGGAGCUGAUCCAAACAUGAAUCUACCUCCGUUUCCGCUUCCAACCCAUGAUGUUAUUGUCAGAUACGGGUUUCCACUUGAGUUCGAGCGGAAUGUAGUUGCUUACUAUGAAGGCCAGCCCAGAGAUCUUGAAACAGCUCUUGUUCUAAAAGAUGCAAUAUCAGAUCUUCCUCAUGUGGCAAACGACGAAGCCCGGGAAAAAAUGUCUUAUGAGAACCUACCAGAGACAGAUUUUCAGAGAUACAUUAGAUCAACCAAACACGAAAUGACUGGCUCUGUGAUUGAUAAAUGUACGAAGAGGACGAUGCCACUGUAUGAUCACAGGCCGUCCAUUUUGUUUGAAGAUGAUUAUAACAGAGUUUGUCAAAUCCCAAGGAGAAAGGGAGCUAAUUUCAGGGAUCUUCCAGGGUUAAUCGUCAGAAACGAUAAUACAGUCUGCCGUGAUCCAUCAAUGGAACCUAUCUUUCUGCCGUCAGGAAAGCCUCUGGUACCAGAAUACGUGUUUACUUUUCAGCAAGGGAAGUCUAAAAGACCGUUUGCGCGUCUUUGGUGGGACGAGACAGUUCCAACCGUUCUGACAGUCCCGAGCUGCAGCAACCAGGCGUUUUUGCAUCCGGAGCAAGAUCGAAUACUAACCAUAAGAGAAGCCGCACGGCUUCAAGGUUUCCCUGAUUACUUCCAGUUCUGUGGAACCGUUAAACAAAGGUACUGUCAGAUAGGAAAUGCAGUGGCAGUGUCGGUUUCUCGUGCUUUGGGUUAUUCUCUUGGUAUGGCUUUCCGUGGUCUAGCCGGUGACGAGCAUUCGAUAAAACUUCCCCAGAAGUUUUCUCAUUCAAGUUACCUUCAGCUUCAACAAACCAUUCCUCAGUAA